CAACUUAUAUCAACGUCACUCUUUCCAAUGCGUAGGCGUAACUAAAUGUGCGAUCGGUUUGUUUUACCAGUGGACACAGACCGAGAUCUCAGUCCGUCAGCCGAAGAUACAGUCUGUGUAGUGGGCGUGGUUAGUAAGAACAAUGUAGCAAGUAGUCGUCUUGUCGACCAAGCGACAGAAAGACCACGUUUGUUGGACGCUGAUGCUAGUGGAAAAGGCUGUAGACUAAAGUGUUCAUACGAUGCUGAACGUUGUGUGCUGUACGUUGAGCUGAUACGUCAUGAUGAUUGGCAUGUCUGUGCAGACAGAGAGGCAACAACAUGGGAGAAGAAAGUGCAGGAAGAAAGAGAAUACUUGCAAGCUCUACUCUUGCUGUUCAGCAUCUGCCAUAUUGUUGUUUUGUUUAUGCCGCAGCAUCAUAUUGAUCUCAGUUAUGUCAAGAUGUUUAAGCUUGUUGGUGACUUCAGGCAGAAGAUUGAAGAAGACAUCUUGGAUUUCUUGGAACAGAAAUUAGACCCCGAUGUGUGGCAGACAUGGCAAGAUAAUGGUUGCUGCACGAUACCAUUACUCUUACUUGUAUUUGCUGAGACAUUGCCCAUUUCUCUUUCAAGUACGACUACGAGUAGCAAAAGUUUUGCAGAGAGUAGCAAUACAUUUGAAGAAAUGCGAGGUACUCGACGAGAACAGCCGUCUGUCAAGCGUCUUAUAUCGGCUCUUGAAGACCAAGCCAACACAAUUUUCAACAAAUGUGGCAUCACAUCAGGACCUUCAGCUUUGUUGAAAUUGAAUCGACGUGGUUGUGUUCAUGUUCUUCCUAAUGAAAGCUUUGAAAAUGCCUUGAGUACUGUUCAUCUUGUUCUUAAUAUACUUACCCCAUCUCAAGGUCAGUUGCAUUGUACUGAAGACUACAAAUCUUUUAUUGAUUACCAUACAGACAGUGUUUUCAGCUCUCAAGAGUCGCAGCUUCCAAAUUAUCAAUCAUGGGUGUCUGUCAGCUCUCUACUGUAUAGAGAGUUGUUGAAUUCAUCUGGUCUGGCCAGAAAUAUUCCGACAUCUUUCACCGCAGUAGAAGAAUUCUCUGAAUCUCUCUGUGCGAAAGCCUACAAUUUGGCAAUCAAAACUUACAAAGAGAGUCUGUCUGCAAGAUUUACAGAGCGAGACAUUCAACUACAACUGGCUCACUGUAGGCGUGUUUAUCAACUCAAUGCUCGAGGCCCAGCAUUUGGAAAAUAUCUCGAGAAGCUGGAGAAAGAAAGCAGUGAAAUGGAACCACUUCACUGACAUAUAAUGAAUGACACUGAUGGCUAGAGAGCAGCUAAUAAAUUGUUUCUGUAUGUUUCUGUAUGUUUGACAGUUUCUUAACUUAGUGAAAUAGAAUUUGAUUAAACUGUGUCCUAAGCUUUG